AGAUUUCACACUUAUUUCUUACAUCUAAGGCUGAACAUUUCGGGUGACAUUUCCAGAAAGUUCAAAAACUAUACACAAAUCCAGAGUACGUAGUAUCAGUUCCUUCUGUUAUUCGGGUUGUCAGUACCUUAAAACUUGAGGAUUAUUGGACACAACUUGAAAUUCCAAUUAUAACACUAAAAUCUAACAAGUAUCAAGGAUUUUUGUCAGUUCCCAUUGGUAUUUCUAAGAGAUAGACGAUUCUUUUAUGAUUCUACUAAUAGUGUGGACCGAUGUAGUUCACACACACAUACUUGACAUUGAGGACUGAACGUCAUAUGUGAGGGUAUUCCAGGUAUAUACGUCACUGAUUGGAUGGCGUUGUAUUCUGACAGUUACAUCAAAAAGGAUGCCUUGUCAUCUCUUGAAGACUUGUGUGUCAGAUGCGUGUGCAAGAAUUUGAAUGUUUUAACGUAUUUAAGUAGUGAAAACUGUGAAGUUAAACGAAAAUGGAGGUUCCCUUAUCCAGAUUUUCGGCUGGUUGCACGUCCUUCGCAAAAGAUCUUGCUACAGCUUUGCAAACGAAAUGCCCUAGAUGACGAUCGAAUGAGUCUUUUUAAUGCAGAGAGUGUCGACCUUAUGUCUCCAGUUAUAAAGGAAGCUAAUGUCAGCCCAUCAUCCUUAAAAGUACUCAAGGACUUUCGUCUGUAUAGCCUUUCUGCCAUGAAUCUAACCAAAGUGAAUCUAAAUACCAUCAUAAGUUGUCUUGGUGAAUGGACUGUUCAGAACCUAAUGUGUCUCAAUAUAUCUGGGACCUCUAUUCUAUGUGAGACUCAUUUACCUAUACUGGUUGCGCUCGGAAGGUUCAAGAAUCUUAGCGUUCUUAAUGCAAGUAGAACUGAACUAAGUACACAGUGUUUACAAAUUAUUGCUGAUGACCUUUUAAAUCUUCGUUAUCUAAACAUUUCCCGAACACGAGUAACAGAUAUUACUCCCCUACUAAAUAUUCGUGAUCGUCUUAAUGGUUUGAUAAUGCAUCGCUUGCAGUUGGAAAGGACAGAGGAUAUCGCGAAGUUGCUGUGUACUGUAGUGGAACUCAACCAACUGCGCAUACUUGAUGUAUCUGACAAACCGCGAAAUUCUGUUGGCAGAUACGAGGUUGUCGAUAAAUUUUGUUCACCAGAGGCCUUGCCAUUCUUAGAGCAUAUUGAUUUGUCAGGAAACCAAUUUGGGCUGAAACUUAGUGAUGCAAGAGCCUUUCUCGAAAGCCAUCCUAGACUUACGUUCGCUGGGUUCGCAUCCUGGCUUUCAAGCCAUGAACAUGAGUUGGAAGGAAUAUACAGACUUUCUCAUCAGUAUGCCCACAUAACAAUGUUGGGAGAUAGAGGGGAUCAACUCUUGUUAAAUACUUUGACGCGUAAUAAAGAUAGAGCGUUUUAUCUUCAACAUGCUCUCCAUAGUAUUUUUGAAGCAACUAACAACCGAGAAUCCGUCAAACCAGAUCUUCUGCAAGCUGUUUUGCGCGUAAUGAGGUUACAUUUACGCAGAAUGGAAAUGAUAUUGGCAGGAACUGCUGUGAUUUACAACUUAACUCGGGGUGAACAAAGCAAUCAGUUACCUAUUGAUCUACUAAAUCGUGCAGUACGUAUGACUUUAACGGCAAUGGAAAAGUUUCCAGACAAUAGACAGUUGCAAAAGAAUUGCUUUUUAACGCUGUGCAGUGACACUGUACUUUAUCGUGCUACCUUCAAUUGUAUACAAUGUUGUGAACUGGUUUUUAACAACUUGCUGUCGUUUGAUGAUAUUCAUAUGAAGCGUAUGGGUGUAGCUAUUAUUUCUAUACUGGCUGCGGAAAUUUCAACAUCUGGUCUAUCAGACUUGGCAAAAGAUCCUAGAAGAAUUGAAUGUUUUCUGAGUUAUGUUGCUGAGAAAUGCCUCCUAGUGUCAGAUGUCCCAGAUCUUGGUUCAGCCUUACGAAGUUAUAUGCCACAGUUACGCCUACGCACUGAAGGAGCACCAAUCUUUGAUACUACAUUAAGAUUCACUUUAUCCGCUCUAUGGAAUCUCACUGAUGAAUGUCCAGAAGCUUGUUUAAGAUUUGUUCGUCAGGGUGGUCUAAUCAUAUAUGAAAAAGUUCUUAAACGAUUUGCUGACCAAAGUGAAGAGACUAAAAAUCAUGUCUAUACAAAGUGUCUGGGUCUACUUAAUAAUGUAGCAGAAGUCGAGCAAACACGUGAAUCUUUACUAAAAGAAAGUCUGAUGAACUUCUUUUUCAAAAUGCUUAGACAUCCUUGUAUCCAGAUAAGUUAUUUUGCUGCUGGUAUUAUUGCGCAUCUGUCAUGUUUAAAAGAUGAGAUAUGGUUGCGUAAUAUUCAGUCAAGUCGUGAGAGCUAUGUGAAAUUAUUGGGUCAAGCUGUUUGUAAUUGGCAACCGCCACAUUCUGAAAUGGUCGCCUAUCGCUCUUUUGAACCGUUCGGUCUGCUAGUUUUGCAUCCAGAAAGUCGUUUAGAGAUACAUUUAUGGGCUGUUUGGGCUAUACAUCAUAUAUUAACCAGAAAAGAAUCCUACUUCCCAUAUCUAAUCUUUCCUAUUACAAAUGAUACUGUUAGUACUUCCACUAUCCUGGGAUUCGCCUUAAUAAUUUCAUCUCACCGUGCUGAUGUGUGGAAGCUUGAACUGAUGAAUAUUUGUGCCAGCUUCUACGUUGCCUGUGAUAUGUUUUUAUUCGAGAAUGCUGCAAGACCGUUUAUAUAUAUAUAUAUAUACCACAGGGUCGACUAUAAAUUUUCAUGACUUAUCGUAUUUUCGUAUCCUUUUUGCUACUCGAAUGCUUGUAAUGCAUUUUUUCGUAAAUGAAACGGAAUGCUUUACUAGAUUUCAGUUCAGUCGAUUUCGCUGAUUUAUUGUUAACAAAGGUUGGAUAAUUUUGUGGUACUACUAACCAUGUUCUCCAAUUAGUUUUUUUGCUUGUGUUUGAAAAUUCAAAUCUCAAAUGUCUGUUCCAUAGUUUCUAUUUACGUUUGAAUUGUUCUUUAUAUAUUUUGUCAACCAAUACAUCAGUUUUGUUUUUGUUCUCCUUUUUCCCCUAGAAAUACGUUAUGUACCGGUCUUGUGUGAAUGUCAACCACUGUUAUCAUUUCUAAGACUAGUUGUUUCUUUUGAUGAAGGAGUUCUAUGCGCCCAUAAUUUACAACGACAAUUAUUUGAUCAAGAGACGCGUAGUAUAAAUAAUGAUUAUCGUGAUAAUAAAAAUGAUAAUGUCGAGAAUAAUAACAAUUAUUGUGUGAAAAACAAUGAUCCGAUAAGAUCUUUAACCACUUCGUGUAAUGUUAUUCGUCCUCAACCUUCCAGUGUAUAUUCUCCUUCAACAGAUUCUGAUAUUUCCUCAGAAGUACCUGCUUUGUGUGAAGCACCUGCCGGUGAUUGUUUCAUGUCAGAAAGUGUGCAGAUACAAUCUUUAAGACAAUCGUCAACAGUUGCACAUGUUGAACCUGUGGGACAAAGUGCAGAAGGUAUUGCAGCAUUUGUAGGACCUGAUGAAUCUCAACUUGCUUGUGCUAGACUUAUUCGUAAAAUGGCUUCAGAAAUACUUGCGUCUGUUGAUCGAACUUUACCAACAUUACAGUCUACUUCUGUUCAUAACUAUAACAAUAACAGACAUUGUGAUGCGUCUGAAUCUCAUUCUUAGAAACAAAUGUGAUAUCAUUUAGCGUUAGAGAUCGGCUAACAUUUUAAUUUUCCACACUGAGGUUGGUUUGACCAUUAUUAUUGUGUCUUUGAUUCUUUUGACAAAUCCAUUAAAUUAUGUAACUAAUCCAUUAAUCUAUCCUCGUAUUUUCCACAUGUCUAAUCUUCAAUAUAAUAAUAUCCAUCAUUGCUCUUGAAGUUCAGUGCACAUUGUUGACAAUAUGAACCAGUAUGAUUUAAUACCCUUAAUAUUAUAUAUAUAUAUAUAUAUAUAUAUAUAUAUAUAUAUAUAUAUAUAUAUAUAUAUAACAUCUUUAAAGUGAUUUCAUCAUAAGGAAGAAAUCAUCUAUUUCACACCUUGAUUGUCUUUCAUGUAAUUAAAUUCCCCCUGCUUAUUGUUAUUAUUCUUAUCCAUUUUACCAUCGUUGUUUCUUUUCCUCUCCUUAUAACAUUUCCUCAUUUCUUCGCACAACAUUUAUUGUUUAUCUUUCUUUAAAUGAACUAUAUUUUUGAACCUUAAUCUCAUUUUUUGUUUUUUCUUGUAAUGAUUUAAAUUGCAUUUAAAGAAAAUUUUGUUUUAAAUUUCUAUUUAUUUUAUAUCUAUACAGAUUGUUUGAAUGGAAUAUAUAAUUAAUCUUGGUAGAUUAAUUGACCUAUACACAUAUAGGAUGAUAUAUGCUAAUUUAAAUGCGUGUAUGUACAUUGUUGAAUGUACUUUAGAUAUUUUUUUUCAUCGAUAUUGGGUUUUUCUUCUUUGUGUAUACAUGUUUAUCUAUUUUCAUUUGACUGUGUUUUUUUCAUUACAAAUUUAUUAUAAUUAUUUUUUGUGUUUAAUUACUCCUUAAUCAGUUUCUGAUUGUAUUUUAAUCAUGAAAAAACAAGGGAAUUCCUUUGUUAUAAAUAUUGUGUAUGCAAUGAUUACAAACGUAAACCAUUAUAGUUAGUCUGUGUGCGUUUGUUCAUGAUUGGACGUAAUUUAGCUAAACAAUCAAGAAGAUAUCUUCAUAUGGAACUGUUUUGUUGAUAUUCUGAUAUCUCACUAUUCAUAUUAUUCAGUUAUCAAUACUCUUAUCUCUUGACAUGUUAUUCUUUUUGUGGUUGGUGUACAUGUUUUCAAUGAAAUAAUCAUAGUCAUAUUUUUAAACACGGAACAAGUAUAGUCAUACACACACAUCGAAUGAAGCAAGCCCUUCCAUUUUCACAGAAUGCAAGGAACAUGAUAACUUGUGGUAUGUUCAUACAGUGGAUACAGAUCUACCAUACAUGUGCUAGAUUCACCAAACUUGUUAUUUGCGAAUAUGAAAAAGCAAUCAUUUAUGAGUGUGAUAUCUUUACCAUUGAGACAACGAAUAUAACUGUGAGGAGAAUAAUAUUUUGACGGGAGUUGUUCAUAUCCGAAAAGUGGUUUUGUUCUCUAUUUCAGCCGAUAUUAUUCUUAUGCUUCCAGUGAUUAUUGAUCAUAUACCAUUCAAUUAACAGGCUAAUACUAUUGAGCUUCAAUUGUAGUGAUGUAGUGGGUUCUAAAUGUAAUGAAUAAAUGCAAGAUAUUGCGUUAUCAGAACUAAGAGAUCUAGUGUGAUAUUCAUCGAACUGCGUUCAAGUCUUUCCAACUAAUGUCUAUUUUGAGCAUACAUAUCUUUGAGCUGUUCCUUUGCUCUUUAAUAAGACAUUUAACCCUUAAAACUUUAGUUGGUGUUCUUAACAAAAAUGUUUGUGAAAUGGGAACAAAUUUGCUGAAAAGAAUUGGCAAUUGUUAGAUAUGACAAGCAUCGCUAUUGUUUUCUGUGAUGUUAUCAGUCACAGAAAUGUAUAUUUCGCGUCCCUCAUAACAUGAAUCCAAUAUGAUUUUACAUUCUUUGUGGUCGAAUUAAGACAAUUCAUUUUUCUAACUAGAUUCCCUUAUAUCUAUCAUGUUUUUUUUAAAGUUUUGUAUAUGGUUUGCAUGUUGUGAAUAAAUAUAAGUAAUAUAUCCAUAU